AAACAAAUAAUGGACGUGAAGAAGAAAACCAACGAAGAAGAGACGUACGCGAACGUCGCUUGAAUUACUUGCACCAGGUUUGCCACAUUUUCAACAUGAGCAUUAAUAUUCUGCCAUAUGGACGUUAUUUGACACUAGUGGGAUGAACAGCUUUCAUUAUUGUAGUAAACGAAGUAUUAACCCUGACUAAAUUCCCAAUGCCCGCUCCUCUUUACCUGUGCGUCCGCCGCUUUUGGCUAACAUUUUUAGCACUAAAGCUAACCUGCGUGCUGUUGUAACGGCGCGUAUUUACUACGUUGCAACAAGCCAAUCUAUAAAUGUGCAUUAAAACCACUCACCACAGCACCCUUCUUGUAAUAAAGGAGAUACUGCUUUGCCUUCCGCAGCACCAUGCCGAAGAGGAAAGUAACAUUUGAGGACGGGACCGGGGAGUUCGACCUGGAUGCAGAUCUGCCGAACAAACAGGUACCACCGUCUCUAACACGUCAUGACUUUGUAAACACCGUCUGAUUUUCAGUCCAAUUAUCACAGGAGGUUUCAUUAAAACCUCAUAUCAUACAGCUCAAAAGGAUAUUCAGGACAAUAAUAAAUAGCAAUUGAUUUCCCUGAAUUCAAAACAGCCAAUUCAGUUUCUACACUGAUGAGUUUCAUCCUUUAGAGAAGGGCAGGUACUUUCUUUUUUUAUGCCAUUUUUUCGGCGGUUUCUGAUUAACCUUUACAUAGUUGAAAAUAUUUUUGAAUGAAAAUGUCGAAUAAGAUAGGCAACGAAUCAUGGUAAAGGCAAGGAAGCACACCACUAUACCAAGAACAGGAAGAGCUGCCUACACUGUGUUCCAAAUUAUUAUGCAAAUUGUCUUCAAGUGUCAUACAGGUUCUAUAUUUUGUUUUUCAAUUAAACUCAUGGAUGGUACUGUGUCUCAGGGCUCUUUCGAUUACUGAAAUCAAUCUCAGACACCUGUGAUAAUUUGUUUGCCAGGUAAGUCCAGUUAAGGGAAAAACUACUAAAGAAGGACGUUCCACAUUAACCAGUCCACCAUUUUCAAGCAAUAUGGGAAAGAAAAAGGAUCUUUCUGCUGCUGAAAAGCCUGAAACAGUUGAACGCUUUGGACAAGAUUUGAAAACCUUUGAUAUUUCACAAAAACUUAUAUGUGAUCACGGUACUGUUAAGAUAUUUGUGGCUGAUUCAGAGCACACAUGGGUUUGUGCAGAUAAAGGCACAAUGAGGAAGGUUUCUGCCAGACAAAAAAUUGGAUUAAGAGAACAGCUGCUAAAAUGCCAUUACAAAGCAGCAAACAGAUAUUUGAAGCUGCUGAUGCCUCUGGAGUCCCACGAACUUCAAGGUGUAGGAUCCUCCAGAGGCUUGCAGUUGUGCAUAAACCCUGUAUUCGGCCACCCCUAAACAGUGCUCACAAGCAAAAACGGUUGCAGUGGGUCCAGAAAUACAUGAAGACUAAUUUUCAAACAGUCUUGUUCACUGAUGAGUGCCGUGCAACCCUGGAUGGUCCAGAUUGAUGGAGUAGUGGAUGGUUGGUGGAUGGCCACUAUGUCCCAACUAGGCUGCAACGUCAGCAAAGAGGUGGCGGAGUCAUGUUUUGGGCCGGAAUCAUGGGAAGAGAUCCGUUCGGCCCUUUUAGGGUCCUUUAAGGUGUGAAAAUGACCUUGGCGAAGUUUUUAGAGUUUCUGACUUAACAGUUUCUUCCAUGGUACAAAUAGAAGAACUGUGCUUGCCGUAACAAACUCAUCUUAAAUCACCUUCAUGCAUGACAAUGCACCAUGUCAUGCUGCAAGGAAUGCCUCUGCCUCAUUGGCUGCUAUGGGCAUAAAAGGAGAGAAAUUCAUGAUGUGGCCCCCAUCUUCCCCUGACCUCAACCCUAUUGAGAACCUUUGGAGCAUCCUCAAGUAAGAGAUCUAUGAGGGUGGGAGGCAGUUCACAUCCAAACAGCAGCUCUGGGAGGCUAUUCUGGCAUCCUGCAAACAAAUCCAAGCAGAAACUCUCCAAAAACUCACAAGUUCAGUGGAUGCAAGAAUUUUGAAGCUGCUAUCAAAUAAGGGGUCCAAUGUUAAACUGUAACUUGACCUGUUAAGAUGUUUUUGAUUGAAAUAGCUUUUGAUUUCAGUAAUUAUGACCUCCUAAUGCUGCAAAUUCAACAAAUGACCAUUUUCAGUUCUUUACAACCUGUAAAAUGUUUUAAAACUCUGUUGUGCAUAAUAAUUUGGAACGGUACAUUUUAAGUUUUUUGUUUUUGAAAAAAUUACUGUUAUCAUUGUAAGGGUUGUUCAAUAGCAUAUUAUACUCUAAUGGUUAAUGACUUGAAAAUUAUGCUGACUGUCGUUCGGUUGACUAUUUAGAAAAUCUGAGAAAAAUAUCAUUUGCUUAAUAAUUUGGAAGGCAGUGUAUAUUAAACAUUUUUCUUGCCUAUUCUCUUCUGUGAAUUUAGAGCUGCGAGGCUGUGAGUGGACCAGGCUCCAGGUUUAAAGGCAAACAUUCUCUUGAUAGUGAUGAAGAGGAUGAUGGAGAUGACGGAAAGACCAGCAAAUAUGAUAUCCUUGCGAGUGAUGAUGUGGAAGGUAUGUUCAGUAAUUUUAGAUUUUUUGACACUGGAAAAUGUUUUCUUCAUUUCUAUUAUCUUGCUAGACGAUGUCUGUCCUAGAAAGAGUAUGUAAACACUCACUAGAGAUGGUAUUCACUGUGAUUCAAGGCCAAGAGGGGGCUACCAUUGAUUUCGAUGAAGGAGUUUCAAUCACACCAUUUAACCUGGAGGAGGAGAUGCAGGAAGGACACUUUGAUUCUGAGGGAAAUUAUUUCAUCAAAAAAGAAGAACAGAUACGGGACAACUGGCUUGACAACAUUGACUGGGUAAUUAUCUGUUAAGGAAUUUUACUCAAUAUUUGAUGAGACCGAGCUAUUAACUGUGUUUCUUUUUUCAGGUAAGAAUAAAAGAGCAACCUUUCAAAAAGAAGAAAAAAGGGCUUGGAGCAAAACGGACACGUAGGGCUGGUGAUGAAGACGAGGCUGAAGAGGAGAAAAAAAGAGAAGAGCAGCAGGCGGAUAGGGAAAACGAUGAGGAAGAGGAAGAGGAGGAGACAGAGCCCGCAGAGGACCCGCUGGCAUCCUACACGCAGCACCAGCUCACCGAAGCUGUGUUAGAACUGAUGCUUCCUGGGGAGACAGUCGCUGCAGCUCUCCGUCGGCUGGGAGGCCUUAAGGGACGAAAGAAGGGAAAGCUGAGGGAAGAGAGUGAACCCACAGAGGAGCACAAAAGGGAUGCAGAGAAACUCGACAGGCUCACAGCACUCGCUGACAGAUUAGUUGGCUCUGGGAUGUUUGAGAUAUAUCAGCAGACUUAUGAAAAACUGGCCUUUUUAAUGAAGAGCAUGAGCAGCAAGAAACCAGCUGUGAGGCAGAAAGCCAGCGGAGAUGACGAUGAAGAGGAUGGUGAUGAACUUGACAUGUUUGCAGAUAAAUUUGAUGAGAAGCUUGGCGAACAGUCAGAAGAUAAACAGGAGGAUGACGAAAGAGGUUUGUGUUAUAUAUACCUUUGUGUUCUCUAAAGUGUUAUAAAUGUUCUCUCUUCUGUUUAACUCUGUUUUGUCUUCUUCUCAGUGAGUGACGAAGUGAUGUGGGAAUACAAAUGGGAGAACGAAGAACAUUCAGAAAUUUACGGCCCCUUCACAAGCCAGCAGAUGCAGGUAAUAUGUUACCCCAAUUCUAGCAGAAGCAUGGCAUCAGAUCCAAAUCUUUGGUAUUUUUUCAUGAGACUUCCUGGUUUCCCAAGAACAUGCUAUAAUGAUCUGAACAAACUUAAUCUCUUACUUCAUGUGUGUCAGGGUGACAGCUCCUAGUAGUAGCAGUUUUUGUUGGAUAAAAAAGCAAUUAUUACUGGUCUUUAAUAAGAAACAGCAACAAAAAAAUCUAGAAGUUGUAAGAUAUAAUAUUAAUAUAAAUCAUGUUGAUAAUGAAUAAGUAAGUUUGAGUUCAAGCAUGAGACCAAAUGUUUUUUCAAGUGAUGGAAUGGAAAUGUCUUUUGAUCCCCUUCCACAUUUACACAGUCACAUUAAUUUCCAUGUUGUGUACAAAAAAGGGAUAUAAAGAAACGAUUUGGGGUUUUAGUAAGAGACUUUUUCAUCCUUGUCUUACAUUUGCUUGAAAACAGAAUUAAAGAAAUGUAAAAAGAUUGUGUUGACCGAGAUAUUGUAAAGUUUUUUUUCCCCUCAAAGUACAUCUUAAAAAGUCUGCCUUACAUUACCUGGAGCUUAGUGGGUAUGUGUUUUUUAAAGGUAGAUGCAAAGUUUGCACAUGGACAGAUUCAUCAUCGCCAUAGAGGCUGCAUACCGUUGUUUUUAAAAUGAGAGGGGUGGUCUAACAUUGAUACACCACAAAUUAUCUUCAUUCUUGUGGUAACAAUGGUAAAUACCAGAACCGCAAGCGCUUCUACUAACAUGAUUACAGUUCAACCUAAUUUAAUGUUUUACUCUUAGAAAUUGAAACAGCCGUUUGAUUUUAAAUGUGCUAAAACACCAAUACUUUUUUUAUGUGUUCAAUCAUAGACUGUAUAUUCUAUGGACAACUUAGUUCCGCCUUCCGCUAGUAUAUGGAUUUGAAGCCACAAAGCUCUUGUUAAUUACGUGUUUUCUCUCUAUUUCCUGAAACCAACAUUGCGCAGUAGCGUAGUACACACUCCACCACUUGUGCAGUAGCAUUGUGUGCGCAUUCGGUGGGAGAGUCGCCGAGAGUCGCUGUGAUGACGCUCAGCUCAAACACAAAUCCCCGGGUGAGCUACGCAAUCCUUGAAUGCCCAUAAGCUGUAUCAGGUGUCAAUCAUAGAAAACAUGAAGCCCUAUUAACGUUUAAAAACAGAGCUGCACAGAAAAAAGAGGACUUGAGCACAAAUCAGUCUGACAGUAACUACAUGUCAACACUGCAACCAGGGGAAAAAAAACAUGUUCUGUGUAAUAAAUUCCUAAAGUUUGUCCACAGCCCCAUAAGCUUUGCUGGCGGAGGUGGGAUUUAUGACCUAUACUGCAACCUGUCACCAGAGGGUGCUGUUCUCGGAGUGGCUUACCCAGUGAGGAGGCAGACUGCGUCCAUUCUAUAUACAGUCUAUGUGUUCAAGUGUUUCUAGUAUGAUUGUUUUUCAAAUAAAAUUGCUUUCUUUGAGAAAAAAAUAGAUUAGGUUUUAAAAAUGUGUCUCCACAAACGUAUCUUGAACACAGGGAUUAUCUUUCUAUCAGAGUUGUCUUAUAUUUGAACCAAUAAUAGUCGAAGUCAAAGAUAUUGGUACUGGUAGUAACUGUAGGCCCAGUCAUAGAUACUUGAUAAUUUGGUGUGGUUGCUAUAAUGACGCUGUCAUGCAAAUGCACCAAGGAUGACUAUGUUAUUGAGUGACUAAGUACACUUGAUUGAGGCUUUCAUACAUGGGAAAAUGCUUUUGAGAAAGUUUGGCUUGUUUGUGAUGUUUGUGAUGUUUUCAGGAUAACAUAGCAACAGUUUGGGUUUCUGCAUUAUUAUCUGACCAAAAAUAUAUGUUGCUAUGAAUGCAUUAGGGUAAAGUCUUUAGAAAUUAGUAAAUCCCAUUAUGUGGUUUGCAAGAUCAUUUGGUUACAGGCUGGUUCUACCUUUAACCUCAAUCUGGCCAGGUGGGUCCUAAUCUUCUUAUUGUCUGUUUUGCAGGAUUGGGUGGAUGAAGGCUAUUUUAGCAGUGGUGUUUACUGCAGGAGGAAGGACCAGGAGGGAGCUCAGUUUUACAGCUCCAAGAGACUGGACUUUGACCUCUACACAUGAUUUGUAAUCAACAUGUAAUGAACCACAGUCUUUACCCUCUGUAAUUAAGUUUUGUCCUUCAAUCUUGUCAUCCAGGGAUUCCAAAUGGUGUUGAAUCUGUCAUUUUAACAGGGCUUUGUUUUCUGUAUGUUGCUUUUUAAAUAAAUAACUCAUGUAUGAUGCUGCUGUCAGCCACUUCUAGCUUUAUCUUGCAGCUCCAGUUGCACUAUAUACCUUGCUAUGCUGUUUGGUGUUGGGGGGGGGGGGGGCUUAAGGGACCCCAUGACAGGGGCCAUUCUAAUUUUGCACAUUUACUGUAAAAAUUUGAAGUUAUCACAGUUCUAGUUUUUUGAUCUAAACAGCUUUUUGUCUUUAUCUUAAAUUUGGCAAAAAUUGAAUUUUAUGCCAAAUUUUGUAGUUAUUUUUAAAUGGAUUUACAUUUUUAGAUGUUCAGGAUUUAAUUCUACUGCAUACUCUUAAGUAUCUAAAAUAACUGAGUAACCUUCUAUAGUUAUUAGUUAAUUUUUAUUUCAUGGUGGUCACUAGUACAAUUAUAUUGCACCUACAGUUUUAAGAAUCAAAGGAUGGUAUAUUGAUCCGACCAAAAUUGAGUAGAUGAAAAUCAAUUGUGUCUCAGACGUGGCUGAAACAAGAGUAAUUAUUUGUAGGUUAAACUCAGUUGCGCAUUUGUCGGUGGUGGGGGGUCUGUCAAAGACUCAAGACAUGUAUGUGAGCAUUUACUGCUGUGCAUGUAUCAUUGUGAUUAGUGGGUGGUGGGGUGAUUUAAUAUACGUAAAAUAAAAAUCAUCAGAUGUCAACACUCUA